GUGUUUAAAUCUACAGGUGCCGGGUUCAUGUAUUAAAAGUUUUGUGUAUGCUUCUUGCAUGCAAUUUAUCCCUGUAAUGUCAAACUUCGUGUUAAAAGAAGGGAAAUGUGUAUACCAUUCCUUUUUGUGGAGUUAAUGCCCCUGUCAGAUACGUGUGCGUAGUUUACCGUUUUGUAAAUAUCCAUUUAAGUUUUAACGGUAAACAAAAUACUGAACACAUAUAAGAUUCAUUCAGUUUUUGUCCCAUGUAAACUUAUAUUGAAUAAUGUAUCUGAUAUAUACACACAAAACAUCUAAAUAAUAUAUGCAUAUGUAACGGGAACUCUGGAUCGGAAGACGAUCUGAUACAUAAAACUAUCUUACGGAGGAAUCCGGAGAUAGUCGAUGUAUCACGAUUGUAAAGUCGUUCAUAGCUGAUAACGACAAGUAGAGCAGACCACGUGAUUGUAUACGGCGUAGAGCGAUUAUUGUUAUCAGCUACAAAUAAGACGGGAGAUAUGGUCGUAUCUUAAACGGUAUAUAUGCAUAAUGAAAUUCCAAACAUUUGCAAUCCCUUUGGAAAAACAUCGGAUUUACUCUUGAAUUUAGAACUAUGGUUUUUAAAGAUGGCUGAGAAAAAAACUUCCAGAGUUUUACGACGAGAUCAGUGAGGAUCUAACCAGAUGUGUGCAGUUCUGGUUGACACAUUCUUACGACAAUUAUUACGGAGGCUUUUUCAAUUGCCUUGAUGAAGACGGAACCGUGUAUGACGAAACAAAACACGUUUGGCUUCAGGCCCGGCAGUAACGAACAGAGAUGGGUGUGGAUGUACGCUAAGUUGUAUAACGAGGAGGAACAGUUUAACACUCAAGCUGUGCUACAAGCCGCAGAAAAAGGGGCGGGGUUUCUUAUGAAGUUCGCCAAGGACGCGUCGACGGGCAGGUGUUAUCUUAUUCUUAACCGAGAUGGAAGACCAAUCAAAAUGCAGCGCACGAUAUUCUCGGAAUGUUUCUACACCAUGGCUAUGUCCGAAAUUGCCAAGGCGACGAAUCAAGAAAUGUACAAGACCGAGGCAAUCCAAAUGAUGGACAUACGCAUUCACUGGGUACGCGAGGACGACACGGAUAUCCGACUAGGGCGUCCGCCUCUGGCUGGUGAGGCGAGGUCUGAGUCUCUGGCGGUACCCAUGAUGCUGCUGUGUGUGACACACGAGCUUCAAACCCUGGACCCGUCCCUCGGUGCCAGGUACCGCGACAGACAGGAGUGGAACGUGCAUAAAGCGCUGUCGCAGUUUUAUUUCAGCGCGAGGGGACUGUCAUAUUAGAAAACCUCAGCCCUUCUGGAAUGGAACUUCCGGGAUCACUGGGGCGUCUCAUGAUACCAGGUUGUUUGUAAUGUCCAGCUAGAGCUAAGAUGUGGUGGGUACACACGGAGACAAUGGUCGCCUUCCUGAUGGCUUAUCAGCAAACACGUGACGGGGACCAUCUGGACACGUUUGUACAAGUGUAUGACUACUGCUACUCAAACCACGUGGACAAAACGCGAGGUGAAUGGUACGGCUCUCUGACUAAGGACGGGUCUGUUUCAAUGCGGAUUAAAGGUGGACCAUGGAAAGGUUGUUUCCACGUGCCCAGGUCAUUCCUGUAUUGCAAGCAGAUGCUGUCUGAACUACUCAAACGACAAACCUAAACCCUAAAUUAUGGAAACAUUUUUAUAAACAAUUAAAAAAAGCCUAUCAUUAUUCUGAGAAAAUGUAAACACAAUAUUGUAAUAUUGUGUACCAAAUGCUGUUAUUAUUUUGGAUUCUCUCACUUGUCAUCAUUUGCUAAAUUAAGCUUGUAAUCUAGGAUCCUGGAGAUCAUGUGUAGUUAAGCUAACAUAACAUAUUGUCAACAAUCCUUAUGUGUUCAAUAGUGAACGUUCCAUUUAAAGUGAUUAUUUCUUGGCUUUGUGUGUGAAUUGUAUUACAUUGUAUAGCCAGGUGCUCCUUUGCCCCAAUUACAAGUGUAGCGGACCAAACUUUCUCUCAUGCGUUUCCUUAUUUCUAUAUAUUUAUAACGUAUAUUAUCGUAUGUUGUGUUUGAUUAAUUUAUUUAUAAGGCGCCAACAUGAAAAUAUUCCAUUUCCACUAUGGAAACAAUAGAAUUCGCAUAUAUCGGCUAUACAUAUAUUUGUAAUUUACAACCUUCAUCAAGCGAUCGUUUAUUUACGAACUUAUUCAUUAAAACGGUUUGUGAUCUGCUGUGGAAUUAUUAAUUUUGCCCCAAAAAAUGUGUUCAUUUAUUUUUUUAAAAUUACAUUAAUUAUAUACAAAAUGUAAAUAGUUAUGUGCCAUUUAUUUAAUUAUCUGUCUGUUUCAAAAGCUGAAGCAAUUUGUAAGUGCAAAAACAUGCAAUAUAGACCAGAAGUAUUACAAAGCUAUGGUUUGUAGCUCACCUCAACGCGAAGUGCUCGAAACGAGCGAUUUGGAUAACCCUUUGUCAGGCAUCUGACGUGUGCUUUUUAACUUUAAGCUAUUUUCCAUUUAAGAGGCCAAUCUUUAUUAAACUGGCCAGAAUGUACAUUUGUAUAUACAAAAAUAUCUUUGAAUAGUUUUAAUCUGGAUUAUGUGCAAUAAAAAACUAGGUUACCAUGUACAAUUUUAUGAAAACCUUGUUACUAGAAUAACCAUGUUAACACUCUAGAGGUCACGGUUAUGACUCGUUAUUGAUGAAACUUGGUCGAAAUAUGUAUCU